GUGUUGGAGGACGAAAGAGCAGGUGGUGGAUCUGUGCGCCUGGACACAAGAGGAGUACAGCAUUACGAACCGGGACUAAGUUCGGAGCGGAAAGAUGGAUUCACUGCUGGACAGAUAUGAAGAUAUUAUGGGAGACGAACCCAAACCUCUGCAUCAAUACAUACGGGAGGGGCUGGAGCACUUGCAUCAAGAACAGCUCCUCUGUGAUACAACCAUCGUAGCCAAGGGCGAGCGGUUUCCCUGUCACAGAAUGCUCCUGGCCGCCAUCAACCCCUACUUCCGAGCGAUGUUCUCCAACCCUUUCCGAGAGUCUCAGGAUGGUGAGGUCCUCUUGCAAGACAUGGACCCCCCCAUUGUCCAAGCGAUGCUGAACUAUUACUACACAGAGCAGAUCACCUUGGUGCCAGGCAUGGCCCAAGACCUCUUUGUAGCGGCCAGCAGGUUCCAGAUCCUCCCACUGCUAGAGAGCUGUUCCAGAUUCCUCUUGGAACACCUUUCCUCCGAGAACUGCCUCCGCCUUUACGAGCUCGGCUAUGCGCACAGCGACCCAGCUCUGCUGCAAGAAGCCAAGAACCUGGUCAAUGCCCAUUUCCGACGCCUCUCUCAAGAGGACGAGAGCUUCCUUGACUUGAAUCCCAGCACCUUGAUGAACAUCAUCUCCUUGGACAGCCUGGCCGUCUCUUCCGAGAUCGUCGUCUACCGCGCCGUGUGGCGCUGGGUCAAAGCUCAAAGCGCCAGCCGCCUCCCUUUCUUGGGUCAGCUCUUGGCCCACGUGCGCCUCCCGCUCCUGACCGAGGAAGAGCUGAGGGAGGUCCAGACAGACGUGACCUGUCACCGGGAGCUCCGUCUGCGAUGGAAGCGCGUGAACCGCCACGAGAGGCUGCAACACAGCCGUGGGCUGAGGCGGGGGAUGUACACCACCUGCAUCGUCUGCGUGGACCUUUUCAACAUGGAGGGCCCAGAGCUGAAAACCAAAGAUUUCCAGGUGGGCUGUUACGACCCACAAGCCGAGACGUGGGGAAAGCUGCCCCUCCUGAAAUGUCUGUACUGCGCGCGCUGCGUGGCCGUGGGAGACAAGCUGUACGUCACGGGCGGGGUCCACACGGAUGACACGUAUUCAGACAUGCUGCACGAGUACAGCCCUCUAAAGGGCCGCUGGAUCCAGCUCCCUUCCAUGUCCGUGGCCCGAGCGUCCCACGGAUUUCUAGCUUGCAACCAGCAACUUUUUGCCAUUGGAGGCUGGUGUAAAUACGAGGAUUACCUCAACACGGGCGAGUGCUUCGACUUGGCCGAGAAGUCCUGGUCUCCCAUUGCCCAAAUGCCCCUGGCGCUGAGCCAUUUUGCCUCGGCCGUGCUCAAGGGCAAGCUCUACUUGGUGGGAGGGGUCACGGACUCCGUGGGCUCGUGGUACGCCUCCCGGAAGGUCCUCAUCUACCACGUCAGCGCCGACCUGUGGAGCCACGUCUUCCUGGACAACGAGUGCUACUGGUCGGGGGCCGUGGCCAUGAACAAUGGGAUUUAUGUGAUCGGAGGCUACUUCAGGAGCCGGUCCAGGCAUCACACCGAGCGCAGGCCGGAUUCGAGCAACCUGCGCUGUUCCCGGCGGUGCUUCUUCCUGGGGGAAGACGGUAAAGUGGACAAGAGUGUCACCAUCCCCAGGCUGCCCAUAGAGCUGGCAGGAGCCGGCGUGGCACGCUGGAAGCACCGGAUCUACGUCCUGGGGGGAGAGAACACCUACCUUUACAAUAACCUGGAGGGUGAAAACGACGAGGAAUACUAUAAUACUGUUUAUUACUGGGAGCCGGGAGCCCCCAAAUGGGUUCAGUGCCAGGACAGGCUGCCUUUUACCAGCUGGGGGUUGAGCGGCUUUGGGUGCACGGCCAUGAAGCUGCCCAAGAAGCCCAUCUUAGACCUUUUCCGAAAGACCUCCGUGGCUCUCACGGCGAUCGAAAUGCUGAAUUCCUAGUGGCGCCGCUGGUCUGCUUCGGUUCCCUGGAAAACAUCUCUCGGGAGAAACCAAGAGGCAGUUUUUAAUCAGAGGUCUAGAACAGAAAGAC